UCACCUGUCUGUAGGUCAACACCUGAGAGCCUCACCUGUCUGCACCUGAACACCUGAGAGCCUCACCUGUCUGCAGGUCAACACCUGAGAGCCUCACCUGUCUGCAGGUCAACAUCUGAGAGCCUCACCUGUCUGCAGGUCAACACCUGAGAGCCUCACCUGGAAGCCCUCCACAGGGGCGCUGUUGUUGUUGUUUACCGUCGCUUCAUUCGAACGAGUCGCAGUCAUUUCCGGUCACAAAGUAAACAAGAUGGCUUCUGGCAGCGGGUCCAGUAAAAACGACUUUCGUAGAAAAUGGGACAAAGACGAGUACGAGAACCUGGCCCAGAAACGUCUGGCGGAGGAGCGGGACCGCGAGAGGCGAGAUGGAAAAGUGGCUCCGCCAGUCAAGAGGGAUCUCCUGCGGCACCGAGACUACAAGGUGGACCUAGAGUCCAAACUGGGGAAGACCAUCGUCAUCACCAAGACCACUCCUCAGGCCGAGAUGGGCGGGUAUUACUGUAACGUGUGCGACUGCGUGGUCAAAGACUCCAUCAACUUCCUGGAUCACAUCAAUGGGAAGAAACAUCAGAGGAACCUGGGCAUGUCGAUGCGUGUGGAGCGUUCAUCUCUGGAUCAGGUGAAGAAGCGUUUCGAGGUGAACAAGAAGAAGCUGGAGGAGAAGCAGAAGGAGUACGACUUCGAGGAGCGCUUGAAGGAGCUGCGRGAGGAGGAGGAGAAGGCCAAGGCCUACAAGAAGGAGAAGCUGAAGGAGCGGAAGCGGCGAGCGGAGGAUGAUGUGGACUUGGAGGAAGACGAGGAGAUGGCGGCGGUGAUGGGCUUCUCUGGUUUCGGCUCGUCUAAGAAGAGUCACUGAGACUCGGGUCUGAAACUGCUGGUCCCUGCAGGACCGUGGACCAGGACCAGGCCUGAUGUUCCGGUCAGGUCUCCUCCGUCCUGGUCCAGACUUGAUUCCAGCUGGGCUCUUAUUUUGACAGUUUUAUUUAUCACUUCCUUCGCUCACAGAAUGAAGAUUCUCUGAGUCCGUCUUUACUUCCUGUCUUCAGAAACAGGAAGUAGUUCUGCACGCUGGAGAACCUGGACCUGGACCCAAAGCUGCAGAACCUCUGUGUCUCAGCAGGGUCUGACGUGAAUCCUGACUUCACCUUAGAAACGUUGUUUUGUUUCAGCGCACGGCAUCAUGGGAAAUUUACCUUUAAUAAACAUUUUAUUUCUCAA